UCCAUCCACGAAACUUGUUACCCCUUCUACAUACCACUUACCAUCCCUGCUCUUACAGUUGAGAGGGCCUCCAGAGUCUCCCUGGAAGACAAUGGCUCAUAUUGGAGCAGUGGAAAAAUAGUUUGUUUUCCUACAGGAAUGAAGUAGGGCCUGCUGCAGUGUAAUUGCCCGAGGACCGCCAGCUACAGGAAAAUGCAUCAAAUUAACCAGGAGUUUGAUGUGCCGCAGUCAAGACCCAGUCUGGAGAAAUAAGUGUUCCUCCACAAGUGGGGAAGAAAGACUCCACAGAAACCUGCCAUGGCCAGCUGUAUGGAUCAGCUUCUUCCCCGUUCACCACACGACUAGUGUUGGCCUGGACCCUGGAUACACCACACCCAGACACUUCAGCACAGAAGACACAGAAACAAGAGAAUGAGGCCAAACUGCGUCCAACUGGAGCAAGGAACUCCGCUGUUAUGGGACCAAAGCUCGGAGUGAUCCUGAAGACGGUUCAUCAUAUCUACAGACGAAACAAGGUAACGAGGGUCCGAACCUUUUAAAGGAGUUUCCGGAUCCUAAAAGUCUCCUGUUCAACACCAUCUCCAAAUCACUGGGAGUCAGCGACAUGUCCCAGUAUGUCCAGUACAGCUGCACUGAACAUGGAGCCAUCAAGAAAGCCGUCGUCACUUUACAGUGGCCCUGUAAAAUCGAGGAGGUUGGUCAAGCCUCAAGGAAGAUCGAUGCAGAGCGUCUGGCUGCAGCUGCUGCUUGUUUUAAGCUCAGGGAAAUGGGUGUCAUUGGUCCAAACAACCAGCUCCCUAGGAGGAGAGCUGGCAGGGGGAAAGCGGGGCUACAGUCAGCACUUCGUGAUGAGGAGGAUGACUGGACAGAAAAUGUCCACAUGCCAAGAGGGAAAGCAGAUGGAAAAAGAAGGGAGUCGAUGCCACUAGAGGAGGACACAUCUCAAACCUCUGAGGCUCUCUCACUGUUUCCACAACCUAAAUCUCUCCUCACCAGGGUCAUCCAGGUUGCAACAUCAUCAAGCAGAAUCAGGGAGCUCAUACAGUUUAGAACAACAGGAGGAAAGCUAAAGAAAUGUGAGCUGAUCCUGAAGUGGCCCGAGGAGAUGAAGUUUUCAGCCACAGCGAAAAACCGAGCUACAGCAGAAAAAAGAGCAGCAGCUCUGGCCUGCAUGAAAUUUAAAGAGCUGGAGCUGCUGGAUGAAGACAACACCCCACUCACACAUGCCAAGUACCAUCGAGAGCAGGUGAGGGAGGCCGGAGAGAGAGACAGACGGCCCCUCUCACUGGAAGUCCCCGAAUACCUGGAGGAACAAAUGAGACAUUACCUUGCACAGUACCCAGUAGCAACUGAAAUGCAGAAGCUCUGGGAGGAGGAGGAAACAAGAGGACAGCAGUUGGUAAACCAAGAGGAUGAAGAGGAAGAGGAAGACUGGGUGACAGACGCUAUCACAGGCAGACCGUACAGGCCUCUCUCUGAACAUGAGGCCUGGCAGCUUAACAACCGCCUGCAGGAGAUAUGGAGGAGAGCAAACCCUGGGCUGAGCGUGGAGCUCCCGGUGGAUGCCCAUCGUCAGCGCGUGGUGUCAGCGAUUCAGUCCUCCAGGGUGGUCGUGAUUGACGGUGAAACUGGUUGCGGAAAAACAACACGGAUCCCCCGUUUCCUGCUGGAGCAGUGUGUGAGAGACGGUGAAGGGGCUGAGUGCAACGUUCUGGUGACCCAACCUCGUCGGAUCAGUGCUGUGUCUGUGGCCCACCGUGUCGCUCAUGAGCUGGGUCCUGCUCUGAGGCACUCUGUUGGAUAUCAGGUGAGACUUGAAAGCCGUCCACCAGAGCAGAGUGGAGGAGCCCUGCUCUUCCUCACAGUGGGCGUUCUGCUGAAGAAGCUGCGGUCAAACCCAUCCCUGAAGGGAAUCAGCCACGUGGUGGUGGAUGAGGUUCACGAGAGAGACAUCAACACGGACCUGCUUCUGGCUCUGCUGCGCACCAGCCUGAAUGAGAACCCUGACCUACGAGUGGUCCUCAUGAGCGCUACAGGGGACAAAGAGAGGCUGUCCGAGUACUUUGGAGGCUGCCCAGUCGUAAAAGUUCCCGGGUUCAUGCACCCGGUGAGGGACAGUUACCUGGAGGAUGUGCUGAGAGAGUUAGGACGCAGGCUGCCGGACAAACGGCAAGAGGAGACAGCAAAGCAGAGAGGAAAAGAGGACCUUUCACCUGAUGUAGAUUUAAUAGCUGAUUUAAUCGAACACAUUGACAAGCAUGGACAACCAGGAGCAGUGUUGUGCUUCCUCCCUGGAUGGCAGGAGAUCAAAGCAGUUCAGGAGAAACUGGAGGCCAGGCGUCACUUUUCCACCCACUCUCACCUGAUCUUGCCGUUACACUCUAGUUUAUCAGUAACAGACCAGCAGGCUGUGUUCCAGCACCCCCAUGUGGGCCAAAGAAAGAUUGUCCUCACCACUAACGUUGCUGAGACCUCAAUCACCAUUGAUGACAUCGUCCAUGUGGUGGAUACAGGAACACACAAAGAACAGAACUAUGACCCUAACACUAAGGUCUCCUGUCUGGACACGGUCUGGAUAUCUCGUUCUAAUGUCACUCAAAGAAAGGGGAGAGCAGGACGAUGUCAGCCGGGAGAGUCCUACCACCUGUUCCCUCGGAAGCAGCUGGAAUCCAUGUCUCCCUUCCCCAUCCCUGAGAUCCUGCGCACCCCGCUGGAGAGUUUAGUAGUGCAGGCCAAAAUCCACAGUCCUGACUGCAAGGCUGUAGAUUUCUUGUCCCAAGUGUUGGAGAGUCCAGAGACAAACGCUGUCAGAGAUGCAGUCCAGAAUCUUCAAGAUAUUGGAGUUCUGGACAAGACGGAAACCCUGACGCCUCUAGGAGACCGUGUUGCCUGCAUGUCAUGUGACCCUCGGCUGGGCAAAGUGCUGGUUCUCAGUUCCAUGUUCAGAUGCACACUGCCCAUGUUGUCUGUGGCCGCAUGUCUGACCAGAGAUCCUUUUCACAAUAGCAUGCAGAACAGAGCACUGGUUAGCAAGGCUAAAGAGGCUCUGAGCGCCUCCAGCUACAGCGACUAUUUGGUGUUAGUCAGAGCUGUACUGGGCUGGAAGAGAGUUCAGCAGGAGGGCGGCAGAGAGGACAGAGAUGAAUAUCUGGACCAGUACACUCUGUCCAGGUUCAGCCUGAAAUUCAUUAACGGUCUCAUCUCCCAGUUCAGUGACAAUCUGCAUGAAGCCAAGCUGGUGUCUCGUGCCAACGAGUGCCAGCGUCACGGUUCUCUCUACAACGAGCACAGCAACCAGGAUGAGCUGCUUAAAGCUGUACUGCUUGCUGGACUUUAUCCAAACCUCAUUCAGGUGAAGAAAGGUGUUGUGAACAAAGGGCGCUUCCGCCCCAAUAGUAUUUCUCUCCGCACAUUCAAUGCACCUGUACUGCUCCAUCGCUCCUCCGUGAACAGAGGGAAAUCCGAGCUCCCCAGUCGCUGGCUGACCUUCUUCAGUGCCAUCAAGUCCAAUGGGAAUGUUUUCAUCAGGGACUCUUCACCCGUCCAUCCACUCGCCCUGCUGCUGCUCACAGACUGUGACAUCACUGAGAGAGUGAAAGGAGACAAGGUGGAGGUGUCCCUUCCCGGACACUCUCUGGUGCGCUGCGAGUUACCAGUUAACACCUGGGAGCUGCUGUGGGAGCUACGGACUUCAAUUCAGACGAUGCUCUACCGCAACCUCAGCGAUCCCAGCAACGUAGUCAGCCACUCUGCUCAAGACGGAGAGCUCAUCUCUUUACUUGUAGAGCUGCUCAACAACUCAGACUCGAGCCCUUUCAUUCAGAACAGCAACAGUGACAGCGAGCUGGAUUAACAGCACUCUGAGCACUUUCUACAUGUGUCUGCUGACUGGUACAGAGGAACCAAAGAGGAUGAUGGGAUCCUGUUUUAAUGUUUGUCUUGUAAAGUACUUGAUCAGGUGCAUCAUGUACUGAAAUGGACUGGCACAGGGGAGAAUUCUACUGUGAACUACAGCUGUUGUUUUUAAGGUGAAUGAUGAACUUGAUGUGUGGAAAUCCCUUGGUUUGGAUUUUGGACUGUGGUUUCCCAUUUAUGGUUAUUUGCUUUGUGAGAAGCAGAAGUUGAUUAUUACUCUUAACGAGUAGAGACAGAAGUUUGAAGGUCAAAGGUCAAAGACUUUGUACAGCAAAUAAUGUUCUAUUUAUUGAAAUAAAUAUUAACAUACUGACACGGGGAA